CAACUCAACUCCUCCUACACAGCGGCAGCACCCUAACCUCGCUAGCCACAAACCCCUAGCACAGAGCAGGACAAGCGCGAGCCUAAGUAGGACGCGAGGAGGCACGCUAGCAGCGGUGUCGAAGAUGAGCGACGAGGUGGUAUGGCACUGCAUCCGCCACGGCCACUGCAGCUUCAUGGCCAAGUUCACGACGGGGAUCUUGUGCCGGAACCCCUACAAUGUGACGGGAAUCUGCAACCGGAGCUCCUGCCCCCUCGCCAACAGCCGCUACGCCACCAUCCGUGACCACGACGGUAUUUUCUACUUGUAUAUGAAAACUCCUGAGAGAGCUCACAUGCCAAACAAAUUGUGGGAGAGGGUUAAGCUGCCCAAGAAUUACGAGGACGCUAUGGAAGUGAUCAACAAGCAUCUGGAAUUCUGGCCCAAGUUACUUGUGCUCAAGAACAAGCAGCGAUUGACAAAAAUGACACAGUAUCGAAUACGGAUGAGGAAACUUCAACUGAAAGUGAGGGAGAAGGUAAUGACAGUGCCUAGAAAGAAGAUACAACGUGAUCGCGGGAGAAUGGAGAAAGCUGAAAGGGCUGCACAAAUAGACAAGAGUAUUACUAGCGAAUUAUUGGAACGCCUGAACAGAAACAUGUAUGGGGAUAUUCCAAAUAUCCCCUUAAAACCGUCCAGGGAUUUUAUUGAUGAGAUGGAUUUUGAGUAUGAAGAGGAGCAUGAAAAUGAGAUUGAAUAUGUUGAAGGUGAUGGGAUCGAAGAGGAUAUGGAAGACAUGGUAGAUUUUCAAGACCUCUGUAGUGAUAAGUAUGGUGGCAUAGAUCAAGAUGAUCUUAUACAUCAGCCAGUUACAAAGAAACAAAGGGGAACAUGCUCUGUUUCCAGUUCCAGGCCAAUUAUUGGAACCAAGUCGAGAAAGGUUAUCACUGAGGUUGAAGAAGAUGAACACACCAAACCGGGGCAGAGGACACUUGCGUGAAUUCAGCAAGAACCUUGACUACUUCAAUCUUGUGCUUUUUUGUUGAUGACGUGUUAAUGCUUGAAGUUCACAUGAUGUAUCAUGUCACUGAAAACUUCAGGAACACGAGUUGUAGUGUUGAAGCACCAUCUGAUGCAAUUCAAGGUGGGGUAGA